AUGUCCUCCAAAGCUCUGAACCCUAAAGCUCCUCCAUUUUUCUUGAACAAAACUGAAACCUAUGUGUGUAAAAGACAUUUCUAUCCUCUUCACCCUCCUUAUGCUUUUCAAAAUCUUCAUCAACCCAUUUACUAUUUUUGUCACUGGAGGCAACCCAACUUUCCAAACCCAAAAACAAUUGUGAGUCUCAAACAAAACAUGGAAGCAGCAGCAGCAGCCAAAACUACGAAAAGGGUACCGAGAGAGAAUGUUUACAAGGGUAAGAGGGGAUUUGUACCUGCGAGGCUGAGGAAGCCAUUGAAAGAGCUUGGGGAUGAUCACCAAGUGGUAGGUGCUUGUCGGGUUGUCAAAUGGAUGCCCAAGAACGAAGUCCUGGAGGCCGAGAAGGGUAAAAAGGCGUGGCGUCAGAGGAUUAUAAGGGGAACCAAAGCCCGAGUUGUGAAUGCUGGUUGUGGUGAUGUAAUUCCUUUCCCUUCAAGUCCUGAUGUGCAAAAUGGCUCAAGCACUACCACCAUCAUGAUCAAAAACAUCCCCAACCAAUUUCAGAGGGGUGAUCUGCUGAGCUUCCUCAGUAAGCACUGCUGCGCAGAGAACAUCAAGGCCUGCAUGAACUCUGAUGAUCCCAUUAAAUCCGAGUUUGAUUUCGUGUAUCUUCCCAUGGACUUUCAGAGGGCAGCCAAUCUGGGCUAUGCCUUUGUGAAUUUCACCAGUACUGUUGCGGCCUUGAGAUUUUACAAGAAAUUCCACGAGAAAAUGUGGGAAGAGGUCAGCAGCAACAACAAGACCCGUGAAGUAACCUGUGCCAAACUUCAGGGUUUGGAAGCUCUGAGGGGCCAUUUCAAGAAGAAAGCGUUUUGGUGCGACACUGAGGAGUAUUUGCCUGUAAUCUUAGAGCCUCCAUGCGAUGGUGGGGUUGAGCUGCCCAAUCUGAAAACUGUGGGAAAAUGCGUAGGGGUACCCUCUGCCUUUGGGAACUCUCCCACACAUAUGCCUUAA